CGCUCUCUCAUGAUAGGGCAACCUUGUGCAUUAUUAGCUAGCUAGCCUUCUCAAUUUUCUCAUCUCCCAUCUCUUCCAAUCCUCUUCAAGAUCAAGAUGACGGACGGGAAAUGGAGUAGCAGCUAUAAGGCGUUGAGCUUGCUUCUCCUAGUCAUCAGCUGUGCCUUGUGUGCCUCCGGGACGACCCACAUCGUCGGCGAUUCCAGUGGUUGGGAACUGGGUGUCAAUUACGAUGCAUGGACUGCCAACCAAACCUUCGUUCCCGGCGAUGUCCUCGAGUUCAGGUACAAUCGCUUGCAGCACGACGUGGUGGAGGUGAACUCCGACGGCUACAGCUCUUGCUCCAGCAGCAGCCCCAUCAGGCAGGAAACCGACGGAAAUACGACCUUCACACUUUCCGCGGCCGGCACGCGAUACUUCAUCUGCGGAAUCUCCAACCACUGCAGCAACGGCAUGCGUCUCCAGGUCGACGUCACUGCUUCUUCCACCGCCUCGCCACCGUCGCCGGCGUCCACCGCCUCGCCACCGCCGCCGGUGUCGCCCACAAACAACGAGAACAAAGCCGGAAUUCUUUCGCCAGUGCACGCCGCCGCCGUGGUAUGCGCGGGGUUGCUGGUGGUUGGGCUAGGCAUGUUCUAGGCUUGGCCAGGGGAGAGACAGUGCUGGAUUAUUGGAAUACAUAAUUAUUUCGCUUUUAUUUGUACUUGGUAUUAUUCUGGAUGUUAAAGAUUUAUUUAGACUGUGUUCUUUGUUUGGUUA